AAUAUAAAAAAUGGGGAGAAAUAUUUACGUGUAAAAAUUAAAUUUUUACUUGGUUUUGAGCGUAACAUUCCUGGUUAUCCAAGAUAUUUUAUGGUUGUAAAUGCAAUUCAGGGUGUAUAUAAUCUUCGAAUAGAAAGUGUACGUUUAGAAGACGAAGCAGAAUUUCAAUGUCAAGUUGGUCCAAGUGAAAAUCAAAAGCCAAUUAGAGCAGCUGCUCGAUUAACUGUUGUGAUUCCACCCAAAGAUAUUACAAUUAAUGGCCUUCCAGAUGGAGAAGAAGUGAUGGUUCGUGAAUCACAAAGAUUAGUUCUAACUUGCAAAACGAGAAGAAGCAAACCUCCUGUAGAAAUGAAAUGGUAUAGAAGAUCUGUAGAACUUGUUCCAGAAGCAACUAAAAUAUCUGUAAUACUUGAUGAAGGAAGAGGUUUUACAACGAGUAGUUCGUUAACUUUGUAUCCGAAAUUGGAACAAAGCGGAACCACUUAUACUUGCGAAGCUUUUCAUUCAGCUCUAGAGAAACCACUUAGAGCAACAAUCGCUGUUGGUGUUUUAUAUCCGCCAAGUCCUCCAAUAAUCCAGGGAUAUGAAGACGAUGACGUAGUUCAAGUGGAUGACAUGGUGGUUCUUAUUUGCAUAUCUCGAGGAGGAAAACCAGCACCACGUAUUAUAUGGUACCGGAAUGAUAUACUUAUAGACAUGACACAUUCGAGCACCGGUUACGAAACGACAAACACUUAUACGUUUACAGCAGGAAUCGAAGACAAUAACGCUGUUUAUCGUUGCGAAGUUUCGAAUGCUCUUACAAAAGAGCCCUUGAAGAAAUCUGUUACAAUUCGAGUAUUGUUCGGACCAAUGAAUUUGACUAUAAGUGGACCCUCGGAAGCUAAUCGUGGAGACACCAUAACUCUAAACUGCAAGAGUGAAUUUAGUAAUCCACCCGCACAAAUAUCUUGGGUUGUGGACAAUAAUAUCGUGAGAUCUUCAGAAACGGAUACUUAUCAAACAGCCGAGGGAUGGGUGACUUCAUCUAAUCUCAGCAUUUCUAUCAACAGGCAGGAUAUCACGACGAAAAUUAUAUCCUGCUAUGCUUCUGCCAUACCUCUACGAGCUCCUAUUGCUAAGACACAUACAGUUGUUAUCAAAUAUCCUCCAGAAUCCCCGACUAUACUUGGUUAUGAUGAAAUAAGUAUACUUAGAGAGGGUGAUCUUCAACAUUUAACAUGUGUAGCUCUCGGUGGUAAUCCUCCAGCAAACUUAAAAUGGUACAAAGAGGAUAGAGAGAAACUCAUGAAACUUGGCAUGCACUGGACAAAGACACUAAAAAAGUUAACAUUAAAGACAAAAAAUCUUGGAAGCUUGAAGGAAUUUGUUGUUGAUCCUCCAGAAUCCCCGACUAUACUUGGUUAUGAUGAAAUAAGUAUACUUAGAGAGGGUGAUCUUCAACAUUUAACAUGUGUAGCUCUCGGUGGUAAUCCUCCAGCAAACUUAAAAUGGUACAAAGAGGAUAGAGAGGUGAGUGCUCCUGUGUCUGUUUCGGGAAGUGGAGUCUCCAGUGAGUUGGUUUUCCACGUUGAUGCCAGCGAUAACGGAAUUACCUAUACUUGCAAAGCACUCAGUCCUGCCAUUACUCAAGCCUUACAGACGUCAGUUACUUUAACUGUGACGUUGAUUUGUCAGACAGGCGCUAGCAAUCCUAAAUUAGGUAUAACAUGGUUGCGAAAUAAUAAAAUUGAAGAAGAAUAUUACACAGAAAUUCUUAAUGCUAGUUUUGGUGGAGUAUCCGUGAAAAGUGGCAUUGUAUUUGUGGCGAGACAUUCUGACGAUGGGGUUCAUUUCAGUUGUAAGGCGAAAUCUGAUUUUUUUCCUGAUGUCAUUGAGGUGACGUUGAUUUGUCAGACAGGCGCUAGCAAUCCUAAAUUAGGUAUAACAUGGUUGCGAAAUAAUAAAAUUGAAGAAGAAUAUUACACAGAAAUUCUUAAUGCUAGUUUUGGUGGAGUAUCCGUGAAAAGUGGCAUUGUAUUUGUGGCGAGACAUUCUGACGAUGGGGUUCAUUUCAGUUGUAAGGCGAAAUCUGAUUUUUUUCCUGAUGUCAUUGAGGCAAAUACAGUGCUGAGAGUAUUAUAUAAACCAAGAUUUACGAACAUAGUGCAAAAAACUGAUUUAAUUGAAGGAGAAUCAAUAAAAAUUAAAUUAACGGCUUAUGGAAAUCCCGACAUAAUUUUAUAUAACUGGUAUAAAGAGGGUGCAACCGUUCCAAUCAAACUGAAUGAAAAUAGACUGAUGAAAUAUGAUUCAAGUUUGUAUCGAGUAACCUUCUUAGAAUCAAUGCUACUUAUUAAUAAUGUUUCCAGACACGAUUCAUCAAUUUACACUUGUGAAGCCAGAAAUGAGGAAGGAUCUUCUAACGCAACUGUUAUUCUUAAUGUUCGUUAUGCUGCUACAGUAACGAACAUUUCUAAGCCACUCCAGGCUAAAGAGGGUGAUAACGUUAAUGUGGAAUGUUCUUUUGACGGAAAUCCCUUACCAGAAAACGCAAUUAGCUGGAUGAAAGACGGGGUUCCUUUUAUUCAAUAUAAAAUACAAGGUAAAAGAUCGUACAUAAAGAUAACGAACGUUUCGAGAGCACAGAGUGGCGAAUACUCGUGUGUUGUCGACAACGGAAUAGGAAAAGCAUCGAUACAAACAACCUCCUUAUCUGUGAUGUAUAGGCCAGUAAUUCGACGAUCUCAGAUGAAAUCCAAAGUAGCAAGCGAUCUGAAAGAUACGGCCAAGUUUAGAUGCAUUUCCGAUUCUUAUUCCAAUACAUCAAUUAGUUGGUCAUACAAACAACUAAUACUGGAAAGAAGUCCUAAGUACGAAGUACGAAAUUCUGUUAAAAACUCCACUUGGGAAAGUACUUUACUAGUUAAGCAAUUAGAAGAAUCUGAUUUCGGUAUUUACGACUGCAUUGCUAUUAAUGCAUUAGGAAAAGAUGUUUUCCAGUUCUUAUUGGUAAAAAGAGGUCCUCCGGAAACACCUUUGGAUUUGCAAGUUGUAAAUGUUACUAAUAAUUAUAUAUUUAUUAUGUGGAAAGCCGGAUUUGAUGGUGGUUCCAUUCCAUCAUUUCGCAUUAGAUAUAGGCAGUCUGGUACAGAGAGAUAUUUCUUUCAAGAUGCUAUUGCAAUGAAACAUCAUCAUAAAAUUACUAGUUUGAAAUCUGGUAUCGAGUACAUUAUUGCAGUAUCAGCAUGGAAUGAUUUGGGUCAUAGCAAUUUCAGUUCUGAAGUUAAAGUUACAACUACAGACAUACCCGUGAUGGAUUCAACCGUUGCGGUUCGUGUUAAAAAAGAUAAAAAAACAACAGCAACAUCAGGAUGGUGGUGGAUAUGUUUUGCUGCUGUUGGCACUGCCUUAGUAAUGGUAAAUUUGAUUGUGGUGAUCUGCUUGAUUCAUAGAGGGAAGUGCUGUACAAGAUCGAUUGGAGGUCAUCAGUGCACUCACAUCAUCAAUAAACAAGCCGGUUAUACUCUUGGAGAGAAAUCAUUUUAUAUGUCUGAAGACAAAUUAGAUUCAUCGCAUGAACACAUUUUAUUGGAGAAACUAGAAGCUAAAAAUAGAAAAAGUUAUAUGACCGUUGAAAUGAUAGAUGAUAAAUUAACUAUGGAUUCAGAAACUUGGAGUGACACAGGAGAUCAAAGUAAAAGUUUAACAAGAAAAAGCAGUAAUAGGUGUUUCAAAAGUAUAGACCGAACUCCCAAUUUUCCGUGCGUGAAUCAUCCAUUAUUAGGAUUAUCCGUGUAUCGACAAAUAUUAGAAUUACUGUGA